GGGGUAAACAACUGCAAAUCUGCAAAAUUUCCCGAUUAGACACCGGGCCGGACUGAUAAUUUUAAUUUAUCAGUGAUUAAGUUAAAAGUUGCGUUAUUUUGUGAAAUAUUGUGUUAGUUUUAUACGAUCUGAAUAUGGCCAAACCCAUGGAUAUCGACGGAAGCAUGCUAGAAGGAGGCGGACAAAUUCUCCGAAUGGCGCUCGGAUUCAGUGUGCUCUGCCGGAAGCCCAUUCGGAUAUUCAACAUUCGCGGUGGCCGCAAGAAACCAGGCCUGUUGGCACAACACAUGAAGGGCAUUGAACUAUUACGAGACCUUUGCAGUGCCGAAGCCAAAGGGCUGGAGAUAGGUUCGACUGAGAUAGAAUUUCAUCCGGGGGAAAUUGGGCGAGGGAAAUUUACGGCGCACAUCGAAACGGCUGGGAGCGUUAGUUUGCUGAUGCAGGCCGUUCUGCCGGUGGCGAUCUUUGGUUCAGGAGCGAUUACGCUGGACCUAAAGGGUGGCACAAACGUGGAAAUGGCCCCGCAGGUUGAUUUCAUGACAGAAAUCUUUCGGCCAAACAUGGAAAAGUUUGGCGCUACGUUUGACUUUGACUUGUUCCGACGGGGCUACUUUCCGAAGGGGGGAGGCCAUUGCGUGGUUCACGUCAAAUCGAUUCGAUCGUUGCGACCGGUCACAUUGGUCGACUUUGGAGUCAUUAACAAAUGCUACGGCUGGAGCUUUGUCUCCGGAGCCGUUCCGAUCAAGGUGGCAAAAGACCUUUCGGGAGGUGCCAAAAACAUGCUCAAACGAAUCUAUCGUGAAGAUAUCGACAUAGAGGAGUACCGCGAGAGUGUCGACAUGGCGACGGACAACUGUUCCGGAAUCAUCUUGGGCAUUCAAACGACCACCGGUGUGGUGAUGGGUGGAGCGGCGCUGGGCAGUCGCCAAAAGGACGCAUUCCGGAUCGGAGAAGAUGCGGCGAACGUAAUUAAAUCCGCGUAUAAGCUUCGCGCCUGCGUUGACCGCCACGUGCAGGACAUGGUGGUGGUGCUGAUGGCGCUGGCGGAAGGCCGCAGCCGGAUAAAAACGGAACCCCUCACGCUGCACACCCAGACGGCCAUUCACGUGGCGCAAAUGAUGACGGAUGCGAAAUUCACCGUCACAGAGCAGGAGAACGGCAGCUUCAUCAUUGAGUGCGAUGGAAUAGGAAUCCAAAAUCAGGUGGAAUAAUACGGCGAACUAAUUGUGUUUGUGUGUAAAUUUAGCGUGAGUCCGAAAUUCCAAAAUUUACAAUUUACUCAUUUACUCUACUUGAAUGCGCCUCAAUAGCAAAAUUUUAUUAGAAUUACAA